AUGCCUUACAAAUCUCGCUGGGAGGUCCCCAUCCCCGACUGCUCACUGCAGACUUUCCUGUUUGGCUCUUCUGCGAACCUACCUCACGACCCGCCAUCGCCCGACAAGCUAUGCCUCGCCGAAGCCGACCGCCCGGAUACGCAUUUCUUCACCCGCGCUGACUUCCAGCGAUGGGCUCAACGCUUUGCUCAGGGGCUGACCAAGUCUGGGCUGUUCAAGACUGGUGACCGCCUCCUGCUCUUCAGCCCCAACGACCUGUUUGUCCCGGUUGUCUUCAUGGGUACCCUGAUGGCGGGUGGCAUCUACACGGGCGCCAAUCCUACCUUCACCCCGCGCGAGCUCGCCCACCAGCUCCGUGAUUGUGAGGCAUCUGUUCUCAUCUGCCACGACUCUUCUAUCACGACGGGCCUUGAAGCUGCCAAGCAGGCCAAUCUCGAUCCUUCGCGUGUCUUUGUCUUCAACGGCGCCAUCUACGAUGGCAAGGGAGCGUCCAGCCACGGCGCCCGCUACUGGUCCACGCUCGUCGCUCCAGACAAUGAUGAAUCGCGGCGCUUCGCCUGGCCGGACCUCUCUGGCCCCAACGAGGCUAAGAACACUACUCUCGCGCUCAACUAUUCGUCCGGCACGACAGGAGUGCCCAAAGGAGUCGAGAUCACCCAUCGCAAUUAUGUCUCCAACACGGUCCAGUCGGCACAGAUCACCAAGAACCACCCGAACUAUGCCGAGCGUGCAAAGAAGCAUGUGUCACUGGGUUUCCUGCCCUUGUAUCAUGCCUAUGGGCAAAAUGUCCUCAUUGCCGGCAACUUUCACCAGGUGAAGCCCACGUACGUCAUGGCCAAGUUCGACUUCUUGAAGAUGCUCGAGUAUAUUGCAAAAUUCAAGGUGACAGACCUCAACCUAGUGCCUCCCAUGGCCGUCGCACUAGCCAAGCAUCCGGACGUCGAGAAGUAUGAUUUGUCUACCAUAAACUUCAUGGGAUGUGGCGCAGCGCCAUUGGGCAGAGAUGUUGCGGAACAGGUCGAGAAGCGACUGAACAAGAGUCGGAAAGAGGAGGACUACGUGAACCUGCGUCAGGGUUGGGGCAUGACUGAGUGCACCUGCUCCCUUCUCGGCUGGGACAUCAACCAGUUUGCGGGUACGAAUGCCGUCGGAGAGCCGAACGCCAACUGUGAGGCAAUGAUUGUGGAUGAAAACACGAACGAAGAAAUCACAGCACGUGGUCCCGAUGCCCGUGGCGAGCUAUGGUGCCGCGGCGCCAACAUCAUGAAAGGAUACUGGCGCAACGAAAAAGCCACAAACGAGACUCUCACCCCCGAUGGCUGGCUCAAGACUGGAGACAUUGCUUAUGUUUCCGAAUCCGGCCACUUCUUCAUCGUGGACCGCAAGAAGGAACUGAUCAAAGUCAAGGGCAACCAGGUAGCACCCGCCGAACUCGAGGCUCUACUGCUCGAGCAUCCAGGUGUCGCCGAUGUGGCUGUCAUCGGCAUGCCGACCCCAGACGGCGAUGAAGCGCCGCGCGCGUUCGUGGUGCGGCAGGCGAACGAGGCUGGGAAGAAUGUCAACGAGGCGGAGAUCAAAGCGUUUGUUGAGGGCAAGGUCGUACGCUAUAAGCGACUGUCGGGCGGCGUGACUUUCGUCGAUUCGGUGCCCAAGAACCCAAGCGGAAAGAUUCUUAGGAGGCAGCUCAGGGAUCAAUAUCGGGAUAAGAAGGAGGGAGCGAGGUUAUAG